AUGGCCGGCCCGGGGCCCCCCCCGGGCUGGGGGCACCGCCUCGUCCUCCUGGGGGUCCUGCUGGGGGUCCCCCCGCCGGGGACGGCAGGGCCACCGUCCCACGGAGAACGUGUCACCCCACAGUGGCUCCUGGGGGGUCGCAGCAGACGAGCCGUGAGCCUGGAGGAGCAGGUACCAGCACCUGCCCGGGCAGAGGUGGCUGUGAGGGCUGAGGGCAAAGAGCUCGUCCUGGUGCUGGAGAGGAACCAGCUGCUGGCUCCGGGAUACUCGGAGACUCACUACGAGGGGGAUGGACAGCCCGUGACGGUGACCCCCAACCACACGGAGCACUGUCACUACCACGGCCACGUCCGCGGCUACGGCGGCUCCUGGGUCGUCCUCAGCGCCUGCUCGGGAAUGCGGGGUCUCAUAGUGCUGAGCAGCAACACCAGCUACUACCUGAGCCCCCUGGGGCCCCCCGAGCCAGGGCACCACAUCAUCCACAGAGCAGAGCACCUGCCCAUCCCAGCUGGCACCUGUGGGCACGGAGAUGAUUUGGGGAGCACCGUGGCUGACAUUGCCCAGCUCUUCCAGCCAGGGCACCGACGGGCGAGGAGAGAUGCCUGGAGGACCAUGAAGUACAUGGAGCUCUUCAUCGUUGCCGAUCACACACUGUACAGGAACCAGAACCUCAACCUGGGCCAGACCAAGCAGCGCAUCGUGGAGAUCGCCAACUACGUGGACAAGUUUUACAGGCUGCUGAACAUCAAGGUGGCCCUGAUCGGGCUGGAGGUGUGGACGGAGCGGGACCACUGCGCCGUCACCAGCGACGCCAACGCCACGCUCUGGGCCUUCCUGCAGUGGAAGAAGUCGCUGAGGUCCCGCAAGAAGCACGACAACGCCCAGCUCCUCACGGGGAAGACGUUCGGGGGGACGACCAUCGGAAUGGCCCCGCUGGAGGGGAUGUGCAGCAUGGAUAACUCUGGAGGAGUCAGCGUGGACCACGCGGAGCAGCCCAUCGGAGCCGCCGCCACCAUGGCCCACGAGAUCGGCCACAACUUCGGGAUGGUCCACGACACCAAGGGCUGCUGCGUGGAGGCCACCCCGGAGCAAGGAGGCUGUGUCAUGGCAGCAGCCACGGGACACCCCUUCCCUCGCGUGUUCAGCUCCUGCAGCAAGAGGCAGCUGGAAAACUACUUCCAGAAGGGAGGUGGGAUGUGCCUCUUCAACCUGCCCGACACCAAGGACCUGGUGGUGGGACGGAAAUGCGGCAACGGCUUUCGGGAGGAAGGAGAAGACUGUGAUUGUGGGGAGGUGGAGGAGUGCACCAACCCCUGCUGCAACGCUCACAACUGCACGCUGAAGGAGGGGGCCCAGUGUGCCCACGGGGACUGCUGCCACAACUGCAAGCUGAAGGUGGCCGGGACGAUGUGCCGGGAAGCAGCGGGAUCCUGUGACCUGCCGGAAUAUUGCACUGGUGCCUCUCCCUACUGCCCAGCCAACGUGUACCUGCUGGAUGGCUCCUCCUGUGCCUAUGGAGAGGCCUAUUGCAACAAUGGCAUGUGCAUGACCCACCACCAGCAGUGUGUCCAGCUCUGGGGACCAGGUGCCUGGCCAGCUCCAGACGCCUGUUUCCAGGACGUGAACAUGGCUGGGAACACCUACGGCAACUGCGGCAAGGACAGCCAAGGGCGCUACGUCAAGUGUGACAAGAGGGACGCCAUGUGUGGGAAGAUCCAGUGCCAGAGCUCGGCCAAGAAGCCCCAGGGGACCAACACGGUGUCCAUCGACACCACCAUCCGCUUCAACGGGCGCGAGGUGAAGUGCAGGGGCACCUACAUGUACACGGCCAAGGACGACGAGGAGGACCUGUCCGACCCCGGGCUGGUCAUGACAGGGACCAAGUGUGGAGAUGGCAUGGUUUGCAAGGACCGCCGAUGCCAAAACGCCUCCCUUUUUGAGCUGGAAAAGUGCGUUUCCCGCUGCAACGGCCACGGGGUCUGCAACAGCAACAAGAACUGCCACUGUGACGCGGGCUGGGCUCCCCCCUACUGCGAGGAGCCGGGGCUGGGGGGCAGCGUGGACAGCGGCCCCGUGCAGCCCAACAACCAAGAGGCCGUUCUGAUCGCCCUCCUCGUCAUCUUCCUCUUCCUCCUGCCAGCCCUGACGAUGAGCGUCUACUACUGGUACCGGAGGGAGAACUCCCUCCUGAAUAAAUGGAUAAAGGAGAUGAGGAAGAGGAGCCAGGAGGCCUACAGGAGCAAAUCCAUCGGUCGGAAGUCGAGCAAUGGCCACUCCAAAACUGCCUUCACCUUGAGGAACAUGUCCACCUCCAGCCACACCGAUAAAGUGACCCGGGCCGCCUUCCUCCCCACCUCCUGCGCUCCCCACCCCGGCUCUCAGCCCGUCAACGUGGUCCACCCGCUCCGCCCGACCCCCAAUUCCAUCCCCCCGCGGCCCAGAGACCCCAAACCCGCCAGGCCACCCCCACCGCUCGCCAAAUCCCCGCCGGGUCCCACCAGAGCCGGCGGCUCCCAGGCCAAGCUGCCUCCUCCCCGGAAACCCCUUCCCUGCAGCCCCCUGAGGACCCCGCAGGUGGUCCCAAAGCAGCAGCCCCCUCGUCGGCCGCUCCCUGGGAGUCCCCUCCUGGCCAAAGAGCUGCCUCCUGCACAUGGACAGACCCUGCUGGUCAUGGUCCCUCCUACCAACUUCCAGCCAUCGGGGACGAGUGCCAUGAGCCACCCAACGAGGCCCUUGAAACCGAUGCCACCUCAAAGGCCAGUCCCAGCCAUCAAAGUCCAAUCAACCUCCUUCCCCUCCAAGAAGUGACAAUCCAAGGCCACCUGAAGCCCGUCCUUCCCGAGCUGGCUCUCCUGAUUUGCACUGCUCUGGCCACAGGGGUCGUUCAUUCCUCUCCUUUUGUUUGUCUUUUGAUACCAGAGGACUAUUUUUGAUAAGACAGAAUUUGUAUU